GUCCCACCUCUGUGAAAUAAAAGAAUAUUAAAUUAACAAAACACAAGAAACGCCAUGCUUGAAGGUUGGUACUGUCGAUCCCUUGCCAAUCAAGAGGAGGGCGCUGUUAAGGACGAGCCUCUUCAGCAGGAGAGCGAUGAGGAACAGCCCACGCGGAACAUUGGCCAAGUGCACGCUAGGGGAGCGGGAGCAGGAGCACCAGCUAGUUCAUCUUCAGCGUCUGCAGGAACUGCGAAUAAUGCAAAUAACGUUGAUUACAAGGAUCGCUACAAGAAUCUAAAGCGAAAACUAAAGUUUCUCAUUUAUGAAAACGAGUACUUUCAGGAUUUGCUGCAUACGAAUCAGCGGCGCUUGCUAAAAGUGUCUCGCGACCGUACUUUCCUGCUUGAUCGUUUGCUGCUUUACGAGCACCCCGCCAAGGACUCAAGCGACAGCGAGGCUACAGACAGCUCCGACUCGGAAACGGAACAAGCCACACCAUCCACCUCCACAGCAGCUGGAGGCUCGCAGACACCAAGGGAGACCAUUCGAAAAAAGCACAAAGAAAAAGGAACAUCAGUGGCAACUGCAACUCCCCCUCACCAGCCUACUGUUGGUGCUACCCGUGGUCGCAGGCGCAAAGUAUUGACUGGAGCUCUGUCCUCAAACCAUGGAGUGCAGGCACCUGGGAAACGGCAGCUGACGGCCACAGUUCCUCCUUCUCAACAAUCUCUGCAUUCAGCCGUAUCCCUAAGCACAGCUGAGAUCACCCGUCAGUUGCAAGAGCGACGUCCGACGCCAAUAGAACUUAUGAGCCCGGAGUGUACUUCGGCCACUGUUCCCACAACAAUGCUCAGCGAUGAAAGCCCAUCGAAAUGCUAUCCCAAUGAGAGCCUGCACCAUCUGAUGGAGGACGACUCGCACUCUCAGGAGGUGGCCGCCGAAGAGUGCGUGGCAAUGGAGUACACCAAUUAAUAUA